AUGAGCACGUUGGAGACGAAGUCGCUAUCUCUUCUCUUGCCGGAGCGCGGCUUAUAUACCGCUCGGCGCGGCGGGUUCGGUGGGAGGGAGGCCAAUCGUCAGGCGGAUCGCGCGGUAGUGGGAUCGGUGCGGUCCCGCGCGCCCGUCCUCGGCGUGGAUCGGCUCCCUCCGGCGUUUAUCGGCGCUGCGCGGAGAAGGCACCGGUGCCGUGUUUUAAGUUUAAAAGAAUCGUUCGGGCGGCAUCCGGCGGGUGGUGCGCGGGAACAAUGCUUUAAAAAGACGCAUCGUUACAAAAUAAUCGAAGGAGAUAAUGCUAUUGUUACUGGAACAGUACGAAUUUCAACCAAUGUUGAAAAUGAAAAAAUAUCAGCUAAUCUUGCUGAAUGUAUCGAUGAUGAGGAAGAAAUCAAUACAAAAGACAUCUAUAAGGAAUUAAGACUUCGCGGUUAUCAAUAUGCCGGCGCAUUUUGUGGAUUAAAAAGCGCAUCGGUUACUGGAUCAAACGGUCAUGUCGCAUGGACAUCUAAUUGGAUGGCAUUUAUGGACAGUAUGUUACAGAUGAUGAUUUUAGGACAGAAUUCAAGAAGCCAUUAUGUUCCAACAAGAAUUCGCAAACUGAUUAUCUAUCCGAAAUAUCACACACAGAUAAUUCAGGAUUAUCCAAUUGAAGAUAGACAAUUCUCUGUUCGUCGUUACAAGUCUUUAGACGCUAUAAUAUCUGGAGGAAUAGAAAUUUGUGGCACUGUGGCUACACCUAUACCUCGCCGACAAAAAGUAGUUAAUACCAUUCUUGAAGAAUACGUUGCUCAUGGUGAUUUAGGUAUUAUGUCGUUGCAAGAUGCAAUACGAAUGUCGACGCACAUUGCACUCGAAUGUUGCAAUAUGAUAAAUAUUAAAAUUAUCGAAUUUGUCGAUGAUAGUGACAAAGUGAUAUCAGAAGAUUUAAAUUCUCUACUUAUUAGUGAAAUCUUAAAUGAUUUACCGCAGAUUCGACACCACACUAAACUCGUGACGAUCCACGAGAAAUUCCCAAAUAUUUCUUUGCCCGACAACGUUUCUACAACGGAAAUUACUAAGUUAUCGAAGGACGAGAAUUGUUUGAUAGUCCUUGGUUUCGAUAUUUUGACAAAAAAUAGCAAAAAAUUAUAUAAACAGUUGCUGUCUCUAUUAAUGCCAAAGGGUUUUCUACUGACUUUGGAGGAAUCCGAUGCGGUCUACGAUUAUUUGUGCCUGAAAACGUAUGAGUUGGAUAUCAUAUUGGAAAAACAAAUAAAUGACAAGAAGCUUAAUAUUGCGAGAAACCAGCGGAUUGUACAUGUAAACAAUUACGAAUUUUCAUGGGUAGAUGAACUGAAAUCAAUCAUGAAUGUGCAAAACGAGACUGGUGUAGAUACGGAGAUAAUUCUCGUCUCGGAAGAAGACUUCAAAUGCGGGCUACUCGGUUUUAUUAAUUGUUUGCGAAAAGAACCAGGCGGCGAAUUAAUUAGAAGCGUAUUUAUUCAAGAUUACAAAGCGCCUACAUUUUCUUUGCAAGAACCAUUGUACACGAAGCAGCUACAGUUGAACCUACCCAUCAACGUUAUACAUUCCGGUAACAUUUGGGGAUCCUACAGGCAUUUUCCAUUACCAUCGUUGGAAUUAAAACUUGUUCAGAGUGCUUACGUUACGCAGAUGGUACAAGAAGAUCUGAGUACUAUUUGCUGGGCACAGAGCAGAAUGUCUCGCAUUAACCAUGAAAACCUCAUUGAUGUAAUUUAUACGUCUGUUAAUUUUAAAGAUAUCAUGGUAGCUAUUGGCAGGCUCAACGCUGAAAUUAUGGCAACGUACGAACGCAGUAACGACUGUUUUAUUGGCUUGGAAUUUGUUGGUUUUAAUACGCAUAAGCAGAGGAUAAUGGGAUUAUGUUCACACGGAGGAAUGACGAACAUUCUUGUGGCCGAUAAAUAUCUCAAUUGGAUUAUACCUGACAAGUGGACAAUGGAAGACGCAGCAACCGUUCCGUGUGUGUACAGCACGUGUUACUAUUAUGCUUUAUACAUGAGGGGUAAAAUGAAAAAGGGAGACAAAAUCUUAAUCCAUUCUGGUACUGGAGGCAUUGGUCAAGCUGCGAUCCAUCUUGCGCUUCACGAAGGUUGCGAAGUGUUUACGACAGUUGGAACUGUCGAGAAACGACAGUUUAUAAGAGAAACGUUUCCUUCCAUUCCCGAAGAUAAUAUCGGAAACUCUCGAGAUACAAGCUUUGAACAAAUGAUUAUGCAGCGUACAAAAGGUCGUGGGGUGGAUAUCGUAUUGAAUUCCUUAGCCAAAGAGAAAUUACAAGCAUCUGUUCGCUGUUUAGCAAAUGGUGGCCGUUUUCUAGAAAUUAGAAAAUUUGAUAUGUUUUCCAAUAAUUCUUUGGAUAUAUCUAUCUUUUCUAAAGAUAUCAGCUUUUAUGGCAUUAUAUUAGACAACUUAUUUUAUUCAAAAGCAAAACAAAAGUCAAAGUUGUGGAAAACAAUAACAGAAGGUUUAAAAGACGGUGCUAUUAAACCACUAUGCAGAAGAGUCUUUGAAAGAAAUGAAAUAGAAGCUGCCUUUAGAUAUAUGGCCGCUGGAAAACAUAUUGGCAAGAUAAUUAUCAGAGUUCACAAAAAGGAAGAGCCUUUGGAUGCUCCACUACUCGCUCAUCCACGAUAUUAUUGUUUGGAGCAUAAAUGCUACGUUAUUUUAAGUGGACUUGGCGGAUUUAGUUUAGAGCUAGCAGAUUGGUUGACUCUUCGAGGUGCAAAAAAUCUGGUAUUAACAUCACGAACCGGGAUCAGAACAGGUUAUCAGCAAUCAAGAGUAAAGCUAUGGCGAUCUUACGGUGUGGAUGUACAGAUUUUUACAGUCGAUGAUAAUUUGAAACAUGAAGAUUGUGAAUCCCUAUUAAAAUUUGCUGAAGAAAGAGCACCAGUGGAUGCCAUAUUUAAUCUUGCAGUUGUUUUAAAAGAUUGUAUAUUUCAAAAUCAAUCACCUCAAACGUUCGAGAAUUCAUUCAAAUCAAAAGCAUGGAUGACAAAAAAAAUGGACGAAUUGUCGAGGAAGAUCUGUCUGCAACUUCAACAUUUUGUCGUUUUUUCCUCCGUGUCAUGUGGAAGAAAAAACACAGGCCAGACAAAUUAUGGGAUGGCUAAUUCCGUAAUAGAGAGAAUUUGUGAGAAAAGGAUGGAAAUAGGAUUAUUACACGGUUUAGCGAUACAAUGGGGUGCUGUUGGUGAUGUCGGACUCGUGGCAAAUAUGCAAGAAGAAAAUAAGGAAUUGGUUAUUGGAGGUACAUUGCAACAACGAAUAUCUUCAUGUUUGGAGACAUUAGAAGUGUUUCUGUUACAAGAUCGAUUUGUUGUAAGCAGUAUGGUUGUUGCUGAAAAAGCAAAAAUUGGCGGAUCAAUGAAUAUUUAUGAAACAGUUGCUCAUAUGAUGGGAUUAAAGAACAUAAACGCGGUGCCAUCAAAUAUGCCACUGGUCGAAAUGGGUAUGGAUUCGAUGAUGGCAGUAGAAAUUAAGCAAAUAUUGGAAAGAGAGUUCGAUAUUUCCUUGACAGCGCAAGACAUUAGAUCUCUAAAUUUUGCUAAACUUCGACAAAUGACAAUUACAACCAAACAAGGAAUGAUACACGAUACAAACAAAAUUGAUCCAAGUAAUUUGGAAGGCUUUGACAUGUUGAUUCGAAAAAUGAAGGAUGCAGACUUUGUUCCAGAUAUUCUUGUAGAAUUUGUUGAGUAA